AAGUAAUCUUAUAGAUUUGAUAAUGACAUAUGUAUCUAUUUGCUAGGCACAAGAAAGGUUGAAACAGAUUCUAUAGAGAAAACGAUAUUAUAUUUUCUUUUUGUCGUUUUUUUAGUUUCUGCUGUACUUAUAUACAAGUAUUUGAUAAAUCUAGCGUGAUGUUAAACACUUUGACUUUACUGUAUAUAGUUGAAAUCGAGUGAUUAUGUCGAAGUGGGGAGAUUCGUUGAGAGUUAUUAGAUACAUAAUAUAGAUCUGACAUAUGGAAGAAUGGAAGCCAAGCAGCAUACUCAACUGUGAUAAUCUGAUAACAUGGCUGACCCGACAUUACAGACAUUUUGUUGUCAUCAUACAAAUCACAGUGACAGGGCGAUAACAAUAAUGCAAGAGUUUAAUACAGAUGCAUAUAAUACGGUGUGUAUGAUUUCGUCAGCUAUGGGGAUGCUCGGUGCAAUUUAUCAGAUACUACCUCGAGCAGAUGCGAAUAUUUCUCAUAGUUGGAGGAGUUUUCCUAGAGGACGUGAUAUCAUUGUAUGGCUCGCUGUUGCCGAUCUUUUAGCGUCCUUAGGUGUAUUUGUGAGAUCUGCAUUAUGGAAAAAUUUCAAAUCUAUCAUACCAAUGGAGGGUGAUAUAUUGAGUGUUAUAUUCUGUGCUGUAUCAUCGGCGUGGACUCAAUACUUUUACAUGGUUACGUGGAUAUGGACUCUGUGCUACGCCGUGGAUAUGAAAUUAUUAUUAGGUGAUAAAAACGGACAUCCAAGGUAUUAUCAUACCUUAGCCUGGGUUCUUCCAGCCGUUCUUACCUCACUCGGACUGAUUAUCUUAUAUAUCCCAAAUGCAAAUUGUCACAGCUUAACGUCGUUAUCCAGUGCCAUAGUGCGUAUUCUUCCAAACUAUUGCAUCACGUAUGUAGUACUGGCAGUAGUGAUGAUCGCAAAUCCCAUUCUAUAUGUCGCGUCUACUCGAGAUCUUCAAACAGCAGUGCUGCACAGCAUGGCUCAAGUAACCGGAAGAGAACGAAGAUUGAUACAGACGAUUAGAUUGAAAUUUGCUCUUAUCAAUGUAGUUUACUACGUGUGUUGGAUGCCCAAUUUGAUUAAUGGAAUAUUACUGUGGACUUUGUGGUUUGAAUUACCCAUUAAGUCGAUUAUCACUUUAUGGUAUAUAAUGGCUGUAACCAAUCCUCUUCAAGCAUUUUUCAAUGCGAUUGUUUAUCAGUCGUGGACUAGACGGGAGAAAAUACGUCUCAAAUGUUGCCAAGAUAUCACGACAAAUACUAGCACAAAAUUAAAUGCAAUCAAUAAAAGAGGCAUGCAAUCUUCCGAAUCAUCUCCUUUACUGAAUCCACAAAUAAAAUAUGGAAAGAAAAUACCACAUAUUAGUAUAAACGGAUCUUCGUCUUUAUAAAAACUAACUUUACUGUCAAUAUGAGAAAGAUAAAUAUAAUAUGUAUUGUGCGCAUAUACUAUAGCGUAUAAAGUUAUAAUUCAUAAAGUUAUUAAUACAUCUACAUAUCUGUUACAACUGUAUUUGCGCGUUUUUCUUGCGCACACAAUUUGUUCUGUAAAAGUCUCGACAAGAAUAUAAAAGAGUAUUAAUAUUUUUUGAAAUAUCUUUUUUAUGAAAAAAAAUUUUAAACAUAUA